CUCCGCAGUCGCACUGACUGUUUUCCUUUUCUCAUUUGAUCGGCUUCACACUAUAAAUAGCAUAACAUCAUUUUCUACAACAUAACACUUUCUCGGUAGUUUCUCCUUCUCCUCUUUCCCCUUUGAUCUCAAUUCACACUUUCUCUCUCCUUUCUUUUCUCUCCCAUGCAAGCUUCUUCCGCCAUGGAUGUACAAGUCAAGCAAGAAAUCGACGAGAUGGUUCGACGAAUGAGGGACAGAGCCUCCAAUACUACUCCGCGGUCGCCGGCUGAUGUGAUUGCUCUCAGCGACGAUGAUGACGACAAUGGUGGUGGUGGUGUUGCCGAUACGAGGGCUGUGGGUUCGUCUAGUGGUAGUAGUGUUCCGGUGAAGAGACAAAAGGUUAAUGUCUCUCUUCCGCCUGGUUUUCUUGAUCCUAUUCCGCCGUUGCCGGAUUCUUCUAUUCUGUUGCCGGCGCCGUUGGCUGCGGUUCCGGUAAGUACUCAGGGUUCGAAGCAGUUUUGGAAGGCGGGUGAUUAUGAGGGUGCUCCUUGUGGAAAGUGGGAUAGUAAUACAGGCGGAAUGGACCAUGUCAGGGUUCACCCCAAGUUCCUGCAUUCUAACGCCACCAGUCAUAAGUGGGCUCUUGGAGCUUUUGCAGAGCUGUUGGACAAUUCAUUGGAUGAGGUCUGCAAUGGAGCUACAUUUGUGAAUAUAGAUAUGCUUUUAAAUAAGAAGGAUGGGGGUAAUAUGUUGCUGAUAGAAGAUAAUGGUGGCGGGAUGGACCCUGAUAAGAUGCGUCAAUGUAUGUCCUUGGGGUACUCUGCAAAGAGCAAACUAGCGAAUACAAUUGGGCAGUAUGGCAAUGGUUUCAAGACAAGUACUAUGCGGCUUGGAGCUGAUGUUAUUGUUUUUUCACGCAGCUGUGGAAAAGAUGGUAAAAGUGUCACUCAAAGUAUUGGGUUGCUGUCUUACACAUUUUUGAGGAGCACAGGGAAGGAAGAUAUUGUAGUUCCCAUUCUUGACUAUGAAAUGAGAGAGAGGGAAUGGCAUAAGCUGAUGCGGUCCUCUGCUGAUGAUUGGAGAAGAAAUGUUGAUACAAUUACUCACUGGUCACCAUAUUCAAGUGAAACUGAACUCCUACAACAGUUUAAUCUAAUGAAAGACCACGGUACUCGUAUAAUCAUAUACAACCUCUGGGAGGAUGAUCAAGGACUGCUUGAACUUGACUUCAGCUCUGAUCGACAUGAUAUUCAAAUUAGGGGUGUAAACAGAGAUGAAAGAAGCAUAGAAAUGGCAAAGCAGUUUCCUAAUUCUAAACAUUUCUUGACUUACAGGCAUUCGUUAAGGAGUUAUGCAUCAAUUCUUUAUCUGAGACUUCCACCGAGAUUCCGCAUGAUUAUGCGAGGAAAGGAUGUUGAGCACCACAAUGUAGUGAAUGAUAUGAUGAUGAGCGAGGAGGUUACAUACCGUCCCCAACCUGGUGCUGAUGGCGUUCCCAAAAAUACAGAUAUGCUUGCUAUUGUCACUGUUGGAUUUGUGAAAGAUGCGACAUUUCAUAUUGAUGUUCAGGGAUUUAAUGUUUAUCACAAGAAUCGUCUUAUAAAGCCUUUCUGGAGGGUCUGGACCGCUGCUGGAAGUGACGGUCGAGGUGUCAUAGGUGUGCUAGAAGCAAACUUUGUAGAGCCAGCUCAUGAUAAGCAGGGGUUUGAGCGCACUACUGUUCUUGCCAGACUGGAAAACAAACUGGUGCAGAUGCAGAAAAAUUACUGGCGCACUCACUGUCAUAAGAUUGGGUAUGCACCUAGAAUCAACAAAAAACAAGUAGAACAUAGGGACAGAGAAUCUUCACCUGAUUAUACUCCCUCACCAUCACGUUCUAAAGAUAAAAGGAGAGGCGUGGAUUAUGAGAAGGUCUCUUCUCGUUCAUCUGACAAGUAUGGAGGGAAAACAGUGGGAAAACAAGUGUCAGUGAAUGAUAAAUAUGGAAAUGGUCGUUCAUCUGACAAGAAUGGAGAGAAAGCAGCGGGAAAAUCCGGAAAACAUGUAUCAGUGAAUGAUAAAUAUGGGAACGACCGCACAUACAAUGCUAGGGUUAGAGAAACAUCUGAAGAGCCAUCAUCACCAUCUAUAGAAGACGCUUCUGAAUAUAAUGAGCAACCUAGGGUGCUUAGGAGAAGAGAUAAUGGAACUGGUCAUUCUACUUUGAAUACCCCUGGCAAAGACCAGUCAGAAAAAGUUCUUCUGUCCGAAACAAUGAGCUGUGCUGCGCAACAGGAAAAAAGUGCUAAUGGUGGUAUAGAUCCCUCAUUCCCUUCCAAUCUGCAUGGUUUGGAUCGAUUAGGCGAGGAGAAUCGUAUAACAAAACAAAGGUCACAAGUUUCAGAUGCGCUGAAGGAGGAGAAUCGUAAAUUGAAAGAGAAGUUGCAAGUUUUAGAUGAGUUAAAAGAGGAGAAUCGUAAAUUGAAAGAAAGGUUGGAGGGAAACAAUGGGGAGCAGUUGGAUGCUUUGAAACGAGACUUGCAAUUUGAAAGAGGCAAAUGCAAAUCGCUUGAGACAAAGCUCCAUGAAGCUGAAAGUAAAAUUGAAGAACUCAACAAGGAGCAGGAGAGUCUAAUUGACAUUUUCUCAGAGGAGAGAGACAGACGAGAUAUUGAAGAGGAAAAUCUGAGAAAGAGACUAAGGGAUGCAUCCAAUACAAUUGAAGAGUUGCGCGAGAAAGUGAUGCUACUUGACAACAUGAAGUCUUUUAAUGGCAGGCGAUAGUGUUUUAGGCUGCAAGCAUGGAAUAGUGUGAGAGGGCUGUAGAUAUAUCCUUGUUGCAGGCUUCAUUCAGCAAUUGCAGUGUAGAUGGUGGAACUUGGCAGGAAUUUGUAUCUUAAUUAACCUGGCAUGUAAAUUGUAGUAUUAGCAUUAUUCUUUGUAAAAUCGUGGUAAAUCCGUAAAUGUAAUCCACAAUAAUCGGUUAAAAGAAUAUGGGAGUUGGUGUGGACUGGUGGGUGCCUGAGUGGGGGAGUUUGCCUGCACUUGUAUAUGAGUCUUCUUUUUUCCUUUUAGGGUAUAGCAGGAAGGCUGCGGCAGGAAAUAAUCUGUUAUAUAAUUACCUAAAGCUACUCCCUUGCUCAACCAUGCUGUUGGCCGUAGCAAAAACCAACAUAUCAAAAUUUGUGAACUCUCUCGUUAUGAUAGUUUGAUUGCAGAAACGAAUAAAAACGAUUGGUAUGUGUAGUUAUAGUGCUCUGUAUUCUGGAAGAUUGUGGUAAAUUCGUAAUAGCCAAGUUAAUCUGACUUGGGUUUUGUUC